CAGUCGACUGGUGCGUGAACUGCCGACGGCAGAAGAGAGAAGACGAGCGGAGCUGCAGUGCCACCCUGACUUGCGCCCCUCAGUCCCUCACUCAGGCUUUGAGUUGGAAGUUGUGGUUAGUGUGGAUAUACCAGCCAGCAGUACCACACCCGCAACCAGUGCCUCCUCCUCGCGUAUCUAAGAACCUCAGGCAACGGAAAUUUUCCAAGAUGGCGGAUGCAGCGAGUAUUGGUCUCCUCAUACUGCAAGUAUUAUACACAAUGGUAUUCUCAGUCUACUGCAUUAUAGAGUCCAUUGCGAGAACACUCCUGCCACGCGACUACUUCAGGAAGGACAUCACGGGACAAAUCGUCCUCGUAACGGGAGGAGGAUCUGGAAUAGGACGCCUGAUGUGUCUCAAGUUCGCUGGCAGGGGAGCGAAGGUCGUCACUUGGGAUGUCAACGCAGAAGGAAACGCGGAGACAGUUCGCCAGGUCGCAGACACAGGUGCAUUUUGCCGGGGGUACACUGUUGACCUCUGCAACCGGAAGGAGAUCUAUGCUACAGCGAAGAAAGUCAAAGAAGAAGUGGGAAAGGUUGACAUCUUGGUGAACAACGCCGGUAUCGUGACAGGGAAGAAACUGCUGGACUGUCCUGACGAGAGCAUCAUCCGCACAUUCGAUGUCAACGCCCUCAGCCAUUUCUGGACCGUCAAAGCCUUCUUGGGUGACAUGAUGUUAUCAAACAAGGGCCACAUCGUGAACAUUGCAUCCAUGGCGGGAUGGGUUGGCGCUAACGGUUUGGUCGACUAUUGCUCCUCAAAAUUCGCAGCCGUUGGAUUUGACGAUGCCCUGCGUCUAGAACUGAAGGUCGAUGGAGCAACUGGUAUAAAAACAACCGUGGUCUGCCCGAUCUACAUCAGCACAGGGAUGUUCGAAGGCGUUGUGACUAACAAGCUGUUCCCCAUCCUGACCCCUGAUUGGGUGGCCUCCGAGGCCGUCGAUGCCACGCUCAUGGACGUCACAGUUCUGAUGCUUCCAAGAACCAUGAGAAUCGGAAUGCUCAUGAGACUCCUCUUGCCAGAUAAAGUGAAUUAUAAAAUAGCACAGCUGACGGGCGUUACCAAUAUGAUGGACGGGUUUGUGGGGAGGAGAAAGGCCGACUAGACAAGUAAACCCAUCAGUUCAAGAGCAGAUUCCCCAACAUCAAAAUUACAAAUAAUGUAAUCAUUAUGGUAAUAAAAUGUGUAUAUUU